ACGCAUAUAUCAAAAAUUGUCAAUUGGAAUAUGCGGCAUUGAAAAACUGAAAUUUAGAGAAGAGGCAGCAAAAUCUAUAAAACACUGGAAAUGGCAGACCCCUUUGGAGAAUGCCCCCCUAAUAUGCCGCCUGUGGGAAAUGGUGGUGCGCCGCCUCCACCCUUAAUGCCUUUACCACCUGGCAUGAGACCACCAGGACCCGGAUUUCUACCAAAUCCAGGCGCUAGUUUUCCUAACAUGCAGCAAAUACCUCCACCACAACCUUGGAUGAACGCACCGCCGGCAGAUCAAAAUAAUCAACCUCCGCCCCAACAACAACAGCAGCAGCCGCCACAUAAUGUUAUUAGUCAAAAUGAUGUAAACGGCAAUUCAGACUCAGGCGAUGGAUCUUCCAAUGGUGAAAACUCCAAUGAAGAUAAUAAGGAUAAUGGGAAAUGCCCGGAGGUAGUGCUGCCAAAAGCACUGGAAGACGUAUUGGCUUUGAAAGAUCAACGUGCGGCCGAGUUCGAUGUAAAUACAGAGGAUUUUUCGAAUGAGGACAAUGCUGGUCAAUCGUCAACUGUGGCCACAGGCGUAAUAAGUAACGAUUAUGCUGAUGCGGGUGAAGAUUCGGACGACGAAGGAGAAAAUCUCAUGAACGGUGGCGAACUAUCAAAGCCCGGCAAGUUGAGUAAGGUAGAAAAAAACAAAAAGAAGAAGCGACGCAAGAAGCUUAAUAAACAACUGAAGCGGCAACAGGAACAGACACGAGCUGAAGAACGUUCCAAGGACAUUGAAGUUGCGGCUACAUCUGAAAAUGUUGAUGAAAAUCAGGAAGAAGACAAGGAUAAGGAGUUACCCGACGAACCAAAAUUCAAGGAAAGCAAAUCGAAAAACAAAGACAAGAAGAAAGAUGCUGAGACGUCAAAGAUUUCCGAAGAAACUGAAAAUUCAAAUGAAGAUGUGACCAUUGAGUAUGUUCCAGAGCGUAUUACCAUUGCCGAUUUGGCACCCAUGUACCGUCAGUUUUAUCGUGUUUUUGAAAUGUUCAAAUUGGAAAACAAGCCAAAGGUUUCAGAAAAGGAAAAAGCAGCCGCCGAAGCAGCAGAGGCGAAUGCCAAUCAAAAGAAACCUCUCAGCAGGGUGCCCGAAGAGGAGGAGGAGGAAGUCGAUGAGGACAAGCUGGACGAUAAAGAAAAGCUAUCUAAGCGCAAACUCAAAAAACUUACGCGUUUAAGCGUAGCAGAAUUGAAGCAGCUCGUCUCAAGACCAGAUGUAGUGGAAAUGCAUGAUGUCACUGCCAGAGAUCCUAAAUUGCUUGUGCAGUUAAAGGCGUAUCGAAAUACUGUGCAGGUGCCACGUCACUGGUGUUUCAAACGCAAAUAUUUGCAGGGCAAACGGGGUAUAGAGAAACCUCCAUUCGAUCUACCAGCAUUUAUCAAGAAGACUGGCAUUAUGGAGAUGCGAGAAUCUCUGCAGGAGAAAGAUGACGCCAAAUCUCUGAAAAGUAAAAUGCGUGAAAGAGUACGCCCAAAAAUGGGUAAAAUUGAUAUUGAUUACCAGAAAUUGCACGAUGCCUUUUUCAAGUGGCAAACCAAGCCCAGAAUGACCAUACAUGGUGAUCUCUAUUAUGAAGGCAAAGAAUUUGAAACUAGGUUGAAAGAGAAGAAACCAGGCGACCUGUCAGAGGAGUUGCGUAUAGCUUUGGGUAUGCCUGUGGGACCAAAUGCGCAUAAGAUACCACCGCCAUGGUUAAUUGCUCAACAACGUUAUGGACCUCCGCCGUCCUAUCCAAAUCUGAAGAUACCUGGCCUAAACGCUCCCAUUCCUGAAGGCUGUUCAUUCGGUUAUCAUGCUGGUGGUUGGGGUAAGCCGCCCGUCGACGAAAACGGAAAGCCUCUGUAUGGUGAUGUGUUUGGCACAAGCAUUGUGGAUAUAGAUAAUGGCAUAGACGAGGGCGAUAUUGAACGCAAUCAGUGGGGCGAGUUGGAGUCUGAAUCGGAGGAAUCAUCUGAAGAGGAAGAAGAAGACGGCGAAGAUAUGACUAACCAACCUGACGAAAGCGGCUUGGUUACACCUGCCGAGGGCCUUGUAACGCCUUCAGGUUUGACUAGUGUCCCAGCCGGCAUGGAAACCCCAGAGAAUAUUGAAUUGCGUAAAAAGAAGAUUGAACAGGAAAUGGAAGAUAACGAAACACCAGUUUUAUACCACGUUCUGCCUGAGAAACGAACUGAUCGCAUUGGUGCUUCUAUGAUGGGUUCAACGCAUGUGUAUGAUGUAGGCGGUGUCAAGCAGACAGCAACCAGGGCAGCUGUAGCAUCAGGUCGCGAAGGAACUGUCGAAUUGGCCUUAGAUCCAUCCGAAUUGGACAUGGAUAACGAUGCUAUGGCGCAACGCUACGAACAACAAAUGCGCGAACAACAAAAUCACUUACAAAAAGAAGAUCUAUCCGACAUGUUGGCUGAACAUGUCGCCCAGCAGAAGUUCAAACGCAAACGUCAACAAGCCGAUCCGGCCAAGACCACAAAAAAGUACAAGGAAUUCAAAUUCUGAAUGCUGGUCUUCAAUUAUUUUACGCCUAGUUCUAGUUAUGAAAUGAGAAUAAGUAUGAUACAAUUUUAGCUUAUAUACAUACAAGUAAAGGCAAACAAAACUGCUCGGAAGAACUUGAAA